AUGCCUGUUGUCGAGAAAAAUUAGCUUGUAUAUACUUAGUUUUAAGCAAGGGCACAGAUACCCUACAUAAAGAAAAAAGAGAGAAGAAAAAUGGCCACACUAUGAAAAGACAAGAAGGUCACAUUAGUUUGAGCAGUCGAAGAAAGAGCGGGGAGAAAAGACGAAGCGAAAUAAAACGCAACCAACGUUUAAGUACCUAUGAAGAUAAGCGAUUGUGUUUUAUCCGCAAUUCUCACGUUCCUGGACUCAACAUCUUUUAUUUCGCUUCUUGGAAGCCAAUGACGCUAGAGUUCUUGGAGUUUAUAUGAAGACGGGCAGAGACUCGUGGUGCAAGCACUGAAGUAUACUGGACAUUGGAGAAGCGACGGAACCCACAAGGAGACGGUCAUCUCGCUCGUGGGUGGAUAAUAAACAUUGCAGAACACGGAGGCCAACGUGGGUGCGCACGUCAGGCAGCUGAAAAAAGCGCACAUUUAUAUGUACAUAUGUAUGCGAGAUCGUGCACAUACUGCCAUCUCGCUCUAACCAACGAAGUUCUUGCGGGCCAGCAACUAGAGGCUUGAGUGCGCACUUGGCUGAUGAAAUCGAGUGAAAAUUUCUGGACUGUGGUUUGUUUGGUAAGUGCCAAUUUGAUUGUUGAUUUGGGGAAAGGUUAGUCUGCGGGUGAUGAUUACCAGAGCAAUGAGCAAAUUAAGGGCAACGGAUGAAAUGGACGAGGACAACGUUGAGAUGGGAAAAGUGGAAAGAGAAUCCGCGCAAGGUGAAGCCUCAAAUAUGGAGGGGGCCGGGGCCGGCACAUCAAAAGAAGCCCAAUCACAUGUCGUUGUUAACUUUAUGAUGGAGAUGUGGCGCCAAAUGCAAGAAAGUCAGCGGGCCAAUGCAAUGCAAAUGCAGCAGUUCCAAAUGGCAGUUCUGCGGAUGAAUCAAAUUCAAAUGGAAAAAACUAAUAUACUUCUGCGAUCCCUUGGUAUUAGUGGAAGGACAAAUGGCGAGCCAGGACCACAAUCAACCACGGCUGAGCCCUCAGUGAUAUCAGACGCAGUCUCAUCACCAAGGCAACCGGUUCCUUCUCAGGAAACGCAAAGAAAAUUGUACGAUCUACCGGAGUUUAAUGGUGCUCCCGAAGAGUGGCCAAUGUUCAACGAAGUUUUCACUAUGACCACUGCAGAGUACGGAUACAGUGACCGGCAAAAUUUGUUACGCCUCCAAAAGGCAAUAAAGGGCAAGGCUAGGGAGACCGUUGAAUGUUUGCUUAUUCACAGUUCUAACGUUUCAAAUAUUUUAGAGACCCUUAAACAAAAUUUUGGUAGACCGGAGAAACUCGUAAAAAGCCAGAUUAGUCGCGUUAGAGAAUUUCCGAGCAUUCGCGAAGGGAGAUUGGAACAAUUAGUAGAGUUCAAAAUGAAGGUACAAAACUUGGCUUCAUUCUUAGAAGCAACUAACGCACAUCAGCAGUUAAAAAACCCAACAUUAAUGGAGGAGUUAAUCUUAAAGUUGCCAGUGCAACAGAGACUGGAGUGGGCACGCCAUUCCAAGCAACUAGGAGAUGAAAAAUCGAUCAGUCAUUUAAUUCUAUGGCUUCAGGGAUUGGCCGAAGAAGUGCAAGACGCAGGAUUGGUUGACGAUCAGGCGACGUUCAAGCCAAAGAAGGAAAAGUCGAGACUAUUCCAUGCAAACGACAUCGGACUUGUAACCAUGAAGGCGUGCUCCGCAUGCAAUGGGAAACACGACUUGGAAAAUUGUAACUCAUUUGCCCAGUUAGAACUUGAAAAAAAAUGGCAGCAUGUAAGGGAAAGAAAAUUAUGCUUCAAUUGCUAAAGUACGGCCAUCGUAGUCAAAAAUGUAGACGACAUCACCAAUGUGGACUUGAUGGAUGUGCCAAACGCAUUCACCGUUUGCUCCAUGCAGAAUCAGUUAAUCAACCAGGCGAGGAAGUAAAGUUCACAGGAACAGCAACGCAUGAGGCUAGCUCAAUGAUUUUGCUUAAGAUAUUGCCUGUUAAUCUUCAUGCUAAAAAUAAAAUAGUGAGGUGCCACGCCUUUUUGGAUG